AUGCGGGUGAAUGCGAAGACGGGUCUGUUCUUGCUCUGGUUUGGCAACAUGCUAUUGUAUUGUGAGGCGAGUGCUGGUGAGUUGAGAUGAGGCUUCAAGGAGGAUACUGUAGUAAAGGUUCCAUAAAGUAUGAACCUCAAAUCCUGGAAGCUGUGGAAAAUUUUUGCUCACGCUUUGAACAAAAUAACCUUGAUUUUUUGGGAAGACCGCCAAUGAAAUUUGAGGCUUUUAGUUUAUUUUACGCCUACUUGCGCAAAGUUGCUGUAGGUCCCGCUUAUUAUCGAUAAUUUUAAUUAGCAAGGCGCGAAUAAAAACUAUCGGGAAUUUAUUGUGGCCUAAGCGCAACGAACGUGCCAAAAUUAAGGGGAAAUUUGAAUACUGAACAUUGCAAUGCAUCGUGCAAUUUAUUUGCCUUUCAAAUUUCAGAAAAGAAGCAAGAAUUUGAACUGCAUCCAGAGUACAUUGACUCACUGUUUCAUAGAGCAUCAACCUUCGCUUUGUUUGAUGUAAGUGAUACACUAAUAAUAUCAAUUUUAAUUUUAAAUUUGCAGGCCAAAGCCAAACGUCUCUUGGAAGACUUGACUAUUCGGGAUAAAAAUAUUUACAGCUCUUGUCACAGAAGAGCAAAGAAUGUCAUUGAUAUGGCAAAGUGUGUGGAAAGGCUUCUUGAUGAGCGGGACAAAAAAGAGGAAACUAAAGAAUCAAUGAAGAAACACAAAAAAGUAAACUCGAGAUGUGAGGUUCAAGACGAUGACAAUGAUGGAAGCUGGCUUCGCAAUAUAUUUUCAGCAAUAUUUCGAAGGUUUACUUGUUCUGAUGAGACCGAAGAUAGUAUGUUUCUUCUUUACAUGUCAUUCAACUUACCAAAAAUUCAGAAAAAGUUGCAGAAACUUUUUAAAAUUAUAUAGAUUCAUGGUGACAUUUCCUGUUUAAAAAAUAUCUCACCCGGAUUCCAUUUUCUAGUUGUCUUGAAAUACGUUAAAACUUGUGUUAACAUCGCGAACUUUAGAAGAUAAACGAUCAAUUUUUUCGUCUCUCUCGCCGUCAAUUUUCAUUAAUCGAACGUUUCAGCCGCAGUGAAAGAAAGGUCAAGCCGUCUGGAGAAGCUACAGUCUCCCAAGAAAGACAUCAAAAUCCGAAGACUAAAAAGUAAAAAUUCAAACUACAAAUCACGUUUGGAAAGGUUGGAGAAAAAGAGGAGAUUGGAGAAAAUCAAGGAAAAAUUGGCAAAAAGAAAGAAACGACAUGUUAGUAAGUUUUGAGGCUACAAUCUACAGCAUUUUUGUUCAGCGUACCAUCGAGUAUUCAACGUUUCCAGGCGUUGUGAGGUGCCUAAAAACGUCAAGACACUUAGAGAUGUCAGGGAUUACUUUGAGCAGAUGAACCACGUCAUCAGAUAUACCUAUGGUGCCGGGAAAGACAAUGAGCGGUAAGAAGAUAGCCUUACUAUAUUAGUCAUCAUAAAUUUAUAGAUUUCUCAGUAAGAUGGAUAUGAAUGUCACGUUUAAAAAUCGCCCUCCAGACGGACAGAGUCCUUAUGAACAACUAAGAAAGAGUUUGGAAGACAUUGAAAAUUACGAUGAUAAAGGAGUUGUUUCUGUUCUAUCCCCAAAGCUCUUCAAUAUUCUGCCGGAAGGCCCUUUGGAUCCGGAAUCCAAAAGAUGGCUCUCUCCAAAUAUGUUGAGCUUUCAAGACGAGGGAAUGAUCCCUUUGCCGAGGUUGUUCAAGGUAUGAUCAAGCCAAUUUACAACUCCAAAAAUGAUAGAAAAACAGUUUAUUCUUCUUUUUUUCAGUGGAGUAAAUCGGAUGACUGCGAAACUCAACGGUGGAUCGAGCUUCUACUCGAUAUUACUGGCGGCAGCCGACUGCUUGGGGGUCAUGUUCGUCGGUUUGGCAAGCAUAUGAGAUUACUCAAGAGAGAUCUCUACCCCAGGAUAAAAAGAUCAGAAGAAACGGACCAACAAAUAUCAGAAAUUAGAAAACUGACCACCGAAGAGCAACAGAAGCAUAUGCAGAAGUUUGGUUAUGCUCCAAUGAACAGAGAGCAAUUGGAAAUGGCCUAUGGAGAAAAUGGCAAGAAAUCAUAA